AUGGAUGCUUAUAGACGGGAUAACAUUCGUGCUGCGUACUCUGCUCUCCAAGAGCGUGUGUUGAUCACGCUCCACACCCAGUCCGCCGAUGGAGCAGAAUUAGGCCGCCACAGGAAUGACUGUCUCGAUUUAUUGCGAGCAGCUCAACUUCACCGAACAAUAUUUUCCAACGAAGAAUUAGGUUGUCUCAACCAAAACCUACACGAUAUGCUCCGUGACCUUGAGCAAGCGGGCUUAGGGCACCCAGAUGAAUCUGAACGACAAAGGAUACAAGUGGUCCAGCUGGGGAUGUCCACUCCGUCAGGAGGUCGACCACCAGUCAUCAUUGACGAAGAUUUCCUCAAGCAAGCGAUCCAACUAAGGGGCCCCACUCAGAUCGCCCGCUUACUGGGUUGCUCUCCGCGAACCGUGCGAAGGAGAAUUCUCGAAUUCAAUCUCGCUAACCGCGCCCCUCCUGUGUUCGAACUCUACCUCACACCCGACGGCUCCUCCGAAGUCCGGCGCAAUGCAGACAGUGGGCAGUCCAGUCGUUAUAGUCAGAUAUCGACCACAGCUCUCGAUGCCAUGCUCGCAAGCAGAGGCAUGCGUAUAUCCCGUUCCCGGCUUCAUGCAUCGCUUCUGAGAGUUCGCGGAGCCCCACCCGCUUUUGGGCAGCGUCGAAUUGCACGUAAGAAGUACUGGGUUCCUGCAGUUAAUUCACUUUGGCACCACGAUGGGCAGCACGGGCUAAUCCGCUGGAAACUCGUAACCCAUGCUUUCAUUGAUGGUAAAUCGCGGUUCGUGACAGGUCUGCGUGUCCACAACAAUAACCGUUCGUACACCGUGCUCCGCCUAUUUCUUGAGGCUGUUGCACAAUACGGAGCUCCGAGCCGGGUUCGGGGAGAUCACGGAGUUGAAAAUGUAAAAGUGGCCGAAGCCAUGGAGCAGUUUCGUGGAUCAGGCCGAGGUUCCUAUAUUUUUGGCAGAAGUGUUCACAAUACGCGCAUCGAGCGUCUCUGGCUGGAUUGGACGCAAGGUUUAGGACUGAAGUGGUACGACUUUUUUAUGGAUCUUGAGCAGCACUAUGGCUUGGAUGUAGAUGAAGACCUCCAUAUGUGGCUCUUGCACCAUCUCUUUCUGGAUGCCAUCAAUGCUGAAGCUACGGAAUGGGUGAAAACUUGGAACUUUCACAUCAUGCAAAUUCGUGGUGAACCCAAUCGUUCUCCCGCGGAUAUGUUUUUAUUUGGGUUAGUUGAGGAGGGGGUUCGUGGGUUGGGUAUCGACAUGCCCGAUUUGGCGAGCUAUGGGGUGGAUCAUGAAGCUCAACGAGAUUUGGGGAUCAUGAAUCACUUUUUUGACCACAAUCCUCAAGAGCGAUCAGAGCUUAUUCCCGAUAGACUCAAUGCAGUAGUAUGCGAGUCGCCCCAAUGCCCGCUACCUUCACAUUUGGCAUCGGGCCUUCGACAACAACUUGAAAUGGUUCGACUGGAGGCUCUAAAUACCCCCAAUAUGGAUGUGAGGAAGCGGUUAUGGGAAGUAGGUUUGAGGGCUGUAAUCACUAUAGUCAAUAGUAAUUGA